GCGGAAGUGCGCCGCGCCUCUCCCCCGGAAGUGAUUCUCUUUCCGGAAGUCGCGCCUUCCGCCGCUUGGUCUCUUUCCGCCGCCAUCUUGGGCUCCGCUUCCCGUACAAAAUGCCUGGCGAAGCUACAGAAACCGUCCCGGCCACAGAGCAGGAGCUGCCGCAGCCACAGGCCGAGACAGUUCCAGCUGCCCUCCCUCCUGCAGCCCCUGCUGCCACUUCUCCUGCCGCAGCGCCAGCUGUUCUUCCUGCCGCUCAUUCCCUGCCUCUGACUCCAGCCCUGGGCCCAGCUGCCCAGGCUGUUCCCACGGAGCCGCCCAGCUCUGCCCCAGCCAUGCCCCCAGCCCCUCUCUCCCCUGCUGUGGUCCCAGCUGCAGCAAUUCCUGUCUUCUCUGCCCCUCCCCAGCCCUCUGCCGCAGCUCUGCCCCUCCCAGUUACUUCUUCCCCUCCUCCAGCUCCAGUUCCACCAUCCCCAACUGGUUUUGCUGCCCAAGGUUCUCCAGGGCCUGCUGCUGUCCCAGUCAGCCCAGUGUCUCCAGGACUCCCAGUCCCAACGUCUCCAGUUCUGGCUGCUCUUCCUGCUGCAGGACAGGCAGCCCCCCCGGCAGCCCCCCCAUCUCCAGCGAGUCUCGGCUGUCUCCCAGCUGCUCUUACGCCUCCUGUGAAAGUCUCUACUCCUCCCAGCCCCGCAGGAGCCACAGCGGCUCCUCACCCUGCGCCUCCCAGGAGCCCCGGGGCAGCCCCAGCUGCUCUGCCACCUCCCCUGGCAGCAGCCCCUGCAGGUGCUGCAGCUCUUCCCCAGAGCCCCCCUGCGAUGCCAGUGCACCCUGCUGCACCUCUGCCCCCUCCAGGUGCCCCGCUGAGCCCAGCCCUGGCAGCCACCAUCUCCCCACCCAUCUUCCUGUCUGCCCCCAUGGCGCUGGCCCCUCUGCUGCCAGGUGGCACAGUGCCCUGCAGCGCUGCUGCUCCCCUGCGGGGCCCUGUGUCUGGGACUCCCAUCUGCCCGCUGGCUCCAGCUGCUCCUCCCGGGACCCUGACCUGUCCUGUGGGCCCUGCCCUGGCAGCCCCUGGCUCCCCUGCAGGUCCCCAUUCUGUGGCCAGGCCCCCCCCUGGGAGCCCAGUUCCUGUGUCAGCCUCUGUCCUGCUCAGCCCAUCCCCAGCAGCUGCCUUGUCCCCCUCAGGGCCGCCACCAGCAGCAGCAGCAGCUCCAGUUAAAGCAGCUCCAGCGACCCCUGUCUCACUGCCAGCUGCUGUGACUGCUGCUCCUGCCAGUCCCCUGCCUGUCACAUCAGCGAUGGCAGCUCCAGCCACCCCUCCUACGGCCAAAGGAGCACCCCAGAGCCCACUGCCUGCUCCACUGACUCCCUCUGCCCCUGCUGCACCAGCUCCUGUGGUUCCUCCAGCCUCUGCUGCCACCAAAGCAGCAGCCCACAGCCCAGUCACCAGCCCGUCUGCCUCUGCUGCUGUGGUUUCUGCAGCUACCCCUGGUGCCACCAAAGCAGCUCCCCAGAGCCCUGCUGCUGCCCCCUCUGCUCCUGCUGCGGUGGUUCCUUCAGCUUCCCAAGCUGCAGCUGCCCCUGCUGCCACCAAAGCAGCUCCCCAGAGUCCUGCUGCCACUCCAGCUCCUACAGCUGCCCCUGCUGCCACCAAAGCAGCUCCCCAGAGCCCUUCUGCUGCCACUCCAGCUCCUGCAGCUGCCCCUGCUGCCACCAAAGCAGCUCCCCAGAGUCCUUCUGCUGCCACUCCAGCUCCUACAGCUGCCCCUGCUGCCACCAAAGCAGCUCCCCAGAGUCCUGCUGCCACUCCAGCUCCUACAGCUGCCCCUGCUGCCACCAAAGCAGCUCCCCGGAGUCCUGCUGCCACUCCAGCUCCUGCAGCUGCCCCUGCUGCCACCAAAGCAGCUCCCCAGAGCCCAGUCAUUAUGCCCUCUGUCUCUGCUGCUGCAGUUCCUGCAGCUCCCCAAGCUGCAGCUGCCCCUGCUGCCAACAAAGUGGCUUCCCAGAGCCCUGUUACUGCUGCACCAGCUCCUGCAGUUCCUCCAGCUGCCCCCUCUGCAGCCAAAGCAGCUCCUGGGAGCCCAGCUGCUGCCCCCUCUGUCCCUGCCAGCUCCCCACCCGUCCCACCUGUGCUGGCCGCUCCAGCUGCACCCCCUGCAGGCAAGAAGUCCCCAAAGAGCUCCGCUGCUGCCACAUCGUCUCCCUCUGCUGCAGCAGCUCCACCAAGUCCUGCAGCUCCAGCUGCCCCCACUGCAGCCAAAAAGCCCCCAAAGAGCUCUGCUGCUGCCCCCUCUGCCUCUGCUGCACCAGCCCAAGCUGCAGCCAAAAAGCCCCCCAAGAGCCCUGCUGCUGCCCAGGCUGCUCCCUCUGCUCCUGCCACAGCUCCACCAGCUCCAGCUGCCCCCACUGCAGCCAAAAAGCCCCCAAAGAGCCCCACUGCUGCCCCAUCUGCUCCCCCUGCCCCUGCAGCUCCAGCAUCUUCAGCUGCAGCCAAAGCACCUCCCAAGAGCCCCACUGCCACCCAGUCUAAUUCCUCUGCCCCUGCUGCAGCCAAAGCACCUCCCAAGAACCCCACUGCUGCCACGGCAGCCCCUGCUGCUCCCUCUGCCCACCCUGCAGCUAAGGCAGCUCCUGCCAGCCCGGCAGCCCCUGGCACGCUGCCUCCGGCUCCAGGUGCUGCUGCCUCAGCCCCGGGGGCUCCUGGUGCCCUCCCAAAGCCAGCAGCCGAUCGUGCUGCCCCCCGCACCCCAGAAAACAGAGGCCACCCCUCCUGCCUCUUCUGUGCCGAACGCUGCCCCUGCCAAGAAGCAGCCCCCCACCAAUAAAGGCAGCAAGCAGGCCCCACGUCCAUCCCCAACCAAACCUCCCGUGAAGGCCCCCGUUCCCGCCAGUGCUGCAGUUGAUGACGAUGAUGACCUGCCCCCCCUGAUCCCC